AUGUUGCCUCGGCCCUCCAAGAUCUCUCCUGAGGAUUGGUGGCGCCUAACACGAAGUACAGGAGCUCAACACAUAGCUAGUGUAAAUGAAUGUCACCGGGCCACAGGAAGUCGGAGUAAGCUGGUACAAGCCGAACAAUUGCUGCUCAAGCAAAGUGGGCUGAUGGCCAACUUUAACCUUAUGAACAUCCUCUUGCAUAGUAAUGUGAAGUCAAACCGAAUUAAUCUUAUGCACUCGUUUAGCCAAACCAAAUAA